UCCACCGAAAAAAAAAGAUGGCUGCUGAAGGGUACUUCUUUACUCCUCUUGUUCUGCUGAUUCUUCCCAAGAAAUGCCACGACGAAUUCUUUGUCAAGUUUAACUUCUUUCAUGCUCAGUGUUUGAAGCUUGCCAUUAGUAAAGCUCUAGGAUAUGGGAUAGUUGUGGGAUCUUCUAUUAUCAAGAUUCCACAAAUAAUCAAAGUGCUAGCUGCUGGAAGUGUUGAAGGUCUUAGUCUUAUGUCAUUUGUAACUGAGCUUGUUGCAACUACAUUGACAACUGCUUACAGCAUACAGAAAAGCUUUCCUUUCAGUACUUGGGGCGAAAGCUUUUUCAUGAGUAUUCAAACAUCAUUGUUGAUAGUCCUGUAUUUCCACUUCAAUCGUAAACCAUCAUCUGCUGCAAUAUUUUUUGCCAUCUAUUCCAUGGUUGUCUAUAUUCUUCUGUCCAAAUACAUGUAUCAACACUUGCUUACCCAGUUUAUGUCACUUGUUAUACCUCUGAUGGCCAUUAGCAAGGUACUACAAAUAGCGGCCAAUUUCAGGCAUGGCCACACAGGACAACUGUCAUUUCUCAUGGUUUUCUUGCUGUUUGUUGGAGCCGUUGCACGUAUCUUCACCACCGUACAAGAAACUGGUGACCUCAUCAUGCUUUCCACCUAUUGCAUGACAACAUGUCUUAAUGGAAUCUUAGUAACUCAAGUGUUGUAUUAUUGGAAUGCGAAAGUUGUUGAGCAUCAAAAGUCAGACUAGCUUUAUAUCAUAAGCAGUUUAUACAAAUAAAAAUAUGUAGUUGAUUGCUAACUUAGAAUAGGGCUAACUCUUUUAUUUACUUUAGGGGUUUUGCAUGGCUAAGAACAAAUUUUUGUGACCUUCUAGUUUAUAACAGUUAUGCACGGUUUUCUUUAACCGUAGAUACGCAGAAAUAUUUAAUCUAAUAUACAUAAUUUGUUCUGAAAAAAAUAAAGUUCUUUAAAGGUUUUAUCUGAAGCCAUAUUUUGAGUAUCAUGGUAGAGGAGUUUAAGUUUACUGUAAACCUUCGCUACAGUUUGCAAAUCCCUAAGUUUAAAAAAUAUUUUUGCUUUUUUGAAAAUAAUCUUAACAUGUUAUAUAUCAAAUUAAAGCUCUUUGAAUGAAGAA